UUGGCGUUCUUACUUCCUGCAUGACACUAAGGUGGCUGCCCAAGAAAUAAAUAGAGGAGUGCUGAGGUCUCAACUCCAGAAAGUUCCCUGAUCUCCAUCUCGUAUCAAAGACCAACCCACAAGGGCUGCCUCAACAUGAAGCUGGUAGUGGUCUUCAUGCUGGCCGCCAUCCCCAUUUGCUGCUAUGCCAGUGGUUCUUCUGGCUGCAGCAUGUUGGAUAAUAUUAUUGAAAGAACAAUUGACCCAUCUGUUUCGGAGGAUGAUUAUCAUUUCACCAUAAAAGAAGCUGUAACUUUUCUUUACAAUAAAGAGGCUGUGACCAAGUUCAAACAGUGUUUCCUGGACCAGAGUGAAGAGACUCUGGACAAUGUGCAAGUGAUGGUGGUAAUUAUUGAUUUCUCCUUUUAUU